GCGGCGCGGGGCCGCCUCCCGGCUCGCCAGUCGCGGCGGCGGCUGGACGGGAGUGGGGCUAAUCUGCUAGCCCGCCCCGUCCCGAGCGGGCAUCACCGGGGUUUGGGGAGAACGGUUGCCUUAUGCGCUGAGGGGCGGCAGAAUGGAGCCGCUGGGCGGUGGCGGCUGGGCCGGCCGCGCUGGGGCGCCGGCUCCUGGCUGGACGUACCUGCUGCCGCUGUGCGCCGCGCUCCGGAGCCUCCUGGCCAGCCCCAGCAGCGAGGUGAAUUUACUGGACUCACGCACAGUAAUGGGAGAUCUAGGAUGGAUAGCCUACCCAAAAAAUGGGUGGGAAGAAAUUGGUGAGGUGGAUGAAAACUAUGCUCCGAUACACACAUACCAAGUAUGCAAGGUAAUGGAACAGAAUCAGAACAACUGGCUUCUGACCAGCUGGAUCUCUAAUGAAGGGGCGUCUCGCAUCUUCAUUGAGCUCAAAUUCACCCUGAGGGACUGUAACAGCCUUCCAGGAGGACUUGGGACUUGCAAGGAGACAUUUAACAUGUAUUACUUUGAAUCAGAUGAUGAAGAUGGGAGGAACAUCAAAGAAAACCAGUACAUCAAGAUCGAUACCAUUGCUGCCGAUGAGAGCUUUACAGAGUUAGACCUUGGCGACAGAGUUAUGAAGCUAAACACAGAGGUGAGAGAUGUUGGGCCACUAACAAAAAAGGGAUUUUACCUUGCUUUCCAGGAUGUGGGAGCUUGCAUUGCCCUGGUCUCUGUCCGUGUGUACUACAAGAAAUGCCCGUCGGUGAUCCGCAACCUGGCUCACUUCCCUGACACCAUCACAGGAGCGGAUUCCUCACAGCUGCUCGAGGUGUCGGGCAUCUGCGUUGACCACUCAGUGACCGAUGAGGCGCCAAAGAUGCACUGCAGUGCUGAGGGGGAAUGGCUGGUGCCUAUCGGGAAGUGCUUGUGCAAGGCAGGGUAUGAGGAGAAGAACAACACCUGCCAAGUAUGCAGACCUGGGUUCUUCAAAGCUUCACCCCACAGUCCAUCCUGCAGCAAAUGUCCCCCUCACAGCUACACACUUGAUGAAGCAUCCACAUCUUGCCUGUGUGAAGAGCACUAUUUUAGGAAGGAAUCAGACCCACCUACAAUGGCCUGUACAAGACCACCCUCUGCUCCUCGGAGUGCCAUCUCAAAUGUUAACGAGACUAGUGUCUUUCUGGAAUGGAUUCCCCCUGCUGAUACUGGUGGAAGGAAAGAUGUGUCUUAUUAUAUUGCAUGCAAGAAGUGCAACUCACACUCAGGUCUGUGUGAGGCGUGUGGUGGUCAUGUCAGGUACCUCCCCCAGCAAACUGGCCUGAAAAACACCUCUGUCAUGAUGGUGGAUCUGCUUGCUCAUACAAACUAUACCUUUGAAAUUGAGGCAGUGAACGGAGUGUCCGACCAGAACCCUGGAGCUCGUCAGUUUGUGUCUGUAAAUGUAACCACAAACCAGGCAGCACCUUCUCCAGUCAGUAGUGUGAAAAAAGGGAAGAUAACUAAAAAUAGCAUCUCCCUUUCCUGGCAGGAGCCAGAUCGACCCAACGGCAUCAUCCUGGAAUAUGAAAUCAAAUAUUUUGAAAAGGACCAGGAGAUGAGCUACACCAUCAUCAAAUCCAAAGAGACGACAAUUACAGCAGACAGCUUGAAACCAGGCUCGGCCUACGUCUUCCAGAUCCGAGCACGGACAGCCGCUGGCUAUGGUGGCUUCAGCCGAAGAUUUGAGUUUGAAACCAGCCCAGUGUCAGUAGCUGCAUCCAGCGACCAAAGCCAGAUUCCUAUAAUUGUUGUGUCUGUAACAGUGGGAGUCAUUCUGCUGGCUGUUGUUAUCGGUUUCCUUCUCAGUGGAAGUUGCUGCGAUGGUGGCUGUGGGUGGGCUUCUUCUCUGCGUGCUGUUGCCUAUCCGAGCCUAACAUGGCGAUGUGGCUAUAGCAAGGCUAAACAAGAUCCAGAAGAAGAAAAGAUGCAUUUUCAUAAUGGACACAUUAAGCUGCCCGGAGUAAGGACCUACAUUGAUCCCCACACCUAUGAGGACCCUAAUCAAGCUGUUCACGAGUUUGCCAAGGAAAUCGAAGUUUCAUGCAUAACCAUUGAAAGAGUUAUUGGAGCUGGUGAAUUUGGGGAAGUCUGCAGUGGACGGCUGAAGCUGCAGGGCAAACAUGAGUUGCCAGUGGCUAUCAAAACCCUGAAGGUGGGCUACACAGAGAAGCAGAGGCGAGAUUUCUUGGGAGAAGCAAGCAUCAUGGGGCAGUUCGACCACCCCAACAUCAUCCACCUGGAAGGUGUCGUCACCAAAAACAAAUCAGUAAUGAUAGUAACUGAAUACAUGGAGAACGGUUCUCUGGAUACAUUUUUAAAGAAGAAUGAUGGGCAGUUCACGGUCAUUCAGCUGGUCGGGAUGCUGCGAGGCAUUGCAUCGGGAAUGAAGUACCUGUCUGACAUGGGUUAUGUACACAGAGAUCUCGCUGCCAGGAACAUUCUCAUCAACAGCAACUUAGUCUGCAAGGUGUCUGACUUUGGCCUCUCCAGGGUCCUAGAAGACGACCCCGAAGCGGCAUACACGACCAGGGGAGGAAAGAUUCCCAUCCGAUGGACGGCACCCGAAGCGAUUGCCUUCCGCAAAUUCACAUCGGCCAGCGAUGUUUGGAGCUAUGGCAUUGUGAUGUGGGAAGUGAUGUCCUACGGCGAGAGACCUUACUGGGAAAUGACAAACCAAGAUGUGAUUAAAGCUGUGGAGGAAGGAUAUCGUCUGCCAAGCCCUAUGGACUGCCCGGCUGCACUCUACCAGCUCAUGCUCGACUGCUGGCAGAAGGACCGCAACAGCAGGCCCAAGUUUGACGAGAUUGUCAGCAUGUUGGACAAGCUUAUCCGUAACCCAAGCAGCUUGAAGACGUUGGUGAAUGCAUCAAGCAGGGUGUCAAAUCUGUUGGUAGAGCACAGUCCAGUGGGGAGCAGCACCUACAGGUCGGUGGGGGAAUGGCUGGAAGCCAUCAAAAUGGGCCGAUACACAGAGAUCUUCAUGGAGAACGGAUACAGUUCAAUGGAUGCUGUGGCUCAGGUGACCAUAGAUUGAAACUGAAAAAAAGACACGUCGAAAAUCUUCAACCUCACAUCCUCCUGCACCGAGAGACUCUUGUACAAAGCCAAAAAGUCAAAUGCAUUGUGGCAUUGUGCAACUCCAUUAGAUUCCCACCUGGCAAAUGUGGUGAAGUUCUGCUGAUGUCAAGGUAGCUACAUCAAUUUUUCUGAGCUGGCUCUGACUCGUUAGCUAUCCAUGGCAGCAAAUGAAUCCCAAAUCUGCCUUGGACAGAGAUGCUUGCAUGAGUCAGGCUUAGUUGUUGAGCUCAGCCCAUGCCCCUUGGCCUUGCAGCAGUGGCUUAGCAAGAAGGCUGGACCCCACUCAGGUCUGUUGGGGAAAACUGGGGAAGAUUCAUUAAAAAGCCAACCAGCGAUCCAAAUAAAGACUUCUCUCAUCUCUCUCAGAUACAGUAAAAAAGACCAGAUUCUCAGAUGUUAAAAAAAAAGGAAAAGAUAUCAUAGCGGCUUACAAGGAAGGGUGUUGAAGACCUAAACCACAUGCUCAGGCUGAUGGAAACUGGCAGUUUGCCCUUAAAAUACACAAAGUAAAGGAGAUAAAUGGCUCAUAGGAGGACUCAGCUGAGACUCUCACAGGUUCUCCAGAAAAUAAACACUGGAACAAGCAAAGUUCUUUAAAGGUUAAUAUAUUGGGGGUUUUGGUUUUCUGGAGGUUUGGUUUUGUUGUUUUGUUUUGUGUUGUUUGUUUUCCCAGUAAAAGGGGAACAACAAAACAUUUUGUACCCAGUAAAGGAGAAUUCAGGUUAAAUGUUCCUUUUAAUUUUGAAUAGAGGGAACUGUUCAACAUAUUACGGAGCUGGGACUUGGGGGGAAUUGGACGAAAAGAUGAUCUGAACAUUAGAAAGUAACUUGCUUUUCCUAAAUGACAUCAGUAAAGCAUUCUGUACAAUUUAAAAGGUUGCCUUCAAAUACCAUCCAGAAUCAUAUUCCCCAAAUUCAAACUAUGUAGGAGACAGGUGUGGAAAUUGAUGGAGAAGGGAGAAUUGGAUGAUUGCUGCCAGAAAAAACAGAGGAGGGGAGAGAAAUCACCAUGAUGAAUGUAGAGAAAUCCUAAAAUCUACUGAAAAACGUUCAGGGGGGGUGGCCAUAACACUGACAGGACUGGUGACUGUGGGAUCCCAGCUUGUGGCCUCUUUAAUGGGACCUGUUUGAGAUGGUAGAUGGUCAGCUUUUUUUUUUUCUGUCUUCAGUCCCCCCCCAGCAUACAAAGCAAAACCUCAGUUACUACCCUGCAUCUUUCAAACUGGUGGCUUGAUGCAUUUAUUACAGAAAACAGUAGUAUUAGUGACAAAUUUCUGAAAACAAAAGGUGGAAAAGCUAAACCCAGUGACUAUUGCCCCAGGUCCUGAGCUCUGCCUGCUUAAACAAAGUCCUGAAAAUGUGCGCAAACGAAGAGUGAUCUCUACAUUUAGCUCUAAUUCUUGCAAAGGGACAAAUCACCUUGUGAAAAGUGGAGCCUCACCCUCCACCCCCUCUUCCCAACUGGAUAUCAGACUUGAAGGCAACCUGUCCAGUGGACCAGACCUGCUCUUUAGACUUCUGGACCACCUAGUGACCUUGAGUGUGUCUAGAGCUCUGUCAAUCCACUGCAAGAAUAACUUGACCAGGACAAUACUCAAGAAUAGAUCAAUCCAUGACAUGAAUUUCAAUCUGACCAUUGACUGGACCAAUAAUAAGUGUGGACUACAGAAUUUCACCUUUUGAAAGCUCCGUACUCACUGAAUCUCAGGACACGCUGUUGUUUGAUAUUAGAUGAAGACCUCUGAAUAUUUGUAAUAAUAUGUGUUGUGUUGCUUUGCAUUGUAUUUAUUUUUUCUUCUAAAAUAGAAUAAAUUACUUAUUAAAAGUUACAUGGGAAUAAGAGCAUUUAAGAGUUCACCUGCUCUAGAGGCUUUUAUUAACCUGAUAUCUGUCUUGGGAUUGUGAUGCUGCAUCUCUGAAUGAACAAGCCAGUUUUCAUCUCAUAAUCAAGUAGGGUGGGAAUAAUGAAUACGAGCAGGUGAACUCUUAAUUAAAAACCAUUUUUUUUAACCCUCAUUUAAUGCAGAAGUCCCUAGCAAGUGGAUUCCUCUCUCUUUGACAUCUCCUGAGGGUCUUUGAGCUUAUUUCCUCUCAUUUCAACUGGCCACGAAUUAACUCCAUGAGUAGUCCUAGUCUGCACAGGUAAUUGUAGAGUUACACACCUGAGGAAGUGUGGUGAAAUCUGCCCUGGGUAGGAGGAAGUGAAAUACAAAAGAUCUGUGGCAGGUUGACGUCUGCCAACCAUGGGGAUCUUACAGGAACCUGGUGCUUGCAGGACUAAGUGGCUGGUGAGGGGGGGUGUAUUUUCUGUGGCAACCCAGUCCUGGUCCACUGUGUUUGACAAACUGGUCCAUGUUGUAUAAGUAGUUCUGUUUGUAAAUAAAAUGUUUUAAAUACGUUUCUUAUGAUGUGGAGACUCUGAAUUCAACCCUUACAAAUGGAGGUUACUGCAGAAAAGGGGGUUGUCCCUGGCAGCUGGGCAUUCCUGCAAGGGGUGAGCCGACACUAAUUUUCCCUGUUAUUUCCUUGGCUUUUUGCUCAACUUGGCAGGAAUUCAAAUUGCUUGCUAAUGAAGUACUAAGAGGAUGACCUAUUUCCAUUUUCUCCCUACAUGGAUGAAAGAGAAGGGUAAAGUGGAGAGACUUCUCCCUGAAACAAAACUAAAAGUUGUCUUGUUCCUAGGGACAAGGCAAGUAUUAAUAUUUUGAAAACCCCCACGGCAGAUGGGUGCACGUAUCUUGACAAAACCCACCAUCUGGGGUCACCUGCUUUGCAAGGGGCAAUCUGGAUCAUGAUGGCAAGUGCCCCCAGGUCUUAGUUGUGCCUUUUCUUGCAGGGAAUUGCACAUUUUUGUUGCAAAACCCAGGUAGAUAGCCACAUGCAUCUCCUCUGUAGAGCUCAGCCCACUGAAAUUACCAGUUGGCUGCAGUAGCGUGAAUCAGAGCAUCUCUGGAGCCUGAGAAAAGUCGUUUUGUGGCCCUUUGGCACAAAAAUUGAUUAUUUUUUUGUCCACAAACCAGCUGGCUUGCGCACUAAAUUUUAUUUAAAAUUAGCUUCUGCAUUUGACACUGUAAGUCCUUCAAGGCUGGAUGCCCAGGAGCAUGCAAAGUGCCAUGCUUGAAAAAACAGGGAAUCAGAGCUCCAGCAUUUUCUAGGCAUUUUUUGGAAAGUUUUGUUCCUGGCUUUGCAAAGCAGGAGGUGGCUUUUGAAUAAAACUGCUGGUUUUAUACUGGGUGAGCAUCUGGCUCAGGAGCCGUUGUCUGGAUUAGGCUUCUCCUCCAUCUUUGCAGAGGUAAAAUACCCCACUAUUUUUUUUGUUUUUUCCCCCUCUCUGAGGAGUCCUUUGGCCAGUGGCUCUGCAUUCAAGAGGAUUCAAUAUUUAAAAAAAAAAAUAGACUGGAUCCCCUAGUGAGCAGCUAGUGGAUUGAAACCAGAAACUCCUUUUUCUUUCUCUCUUGGAAAUCAGUGAGGGACUCCUCAAAGAUAUUGGGUUAUGUGGCAUACUAUAAUGGGAAGAAAAACAAAAGCUGUGUAGUGAGUAGUUUUUAGUAGACUGAUGUAGUUGCAUGUGAAACACAAAUACAUGCCUUUCUCAUCAUUUUAGGCUGUUUUGUCUGCAUCAGAAAUUACACGUGUGUGAAAUAUGUGGUGCUGUAUUUCCAAAAGAGCUCAGCGUGCACUUCAGAUACCUCAAAAAAAAAAAAAGCUUAGUUUUCAAAAAGUGCCAGCAGAGCACUGCU